GCGCCAUGGAUAGGCGACUGGAGUCUCUCGUCCUAGCUUCAUGCAAUUGAGUUAUCAUUCACGUGGAAACCCUAAUUCUUAACAAUCAAUUUACGCACCAAGGUGAAUCCGAUUAUCAAGGGAUUAGUGUUGAUGGAGGAGAUGCAAGUGAAUCAUCAUAAUCUGUUUGAGAGGCGACCCCUUACCAAUUCCAAGGCCCCGACGGCCAAGUGGUUCAGAGAAUGGGUGCCACAAGACGUUGUAACUACUGGAGGGAAGUGCUCACUUUUGAAAUGGGUCAAUGAGGCUACAUUGAAGGCUAUGAAGGAGAAGUCCAAAGAACUGGAAACAGUUGAGCCAGAACCAGAACCAACCACUGAAGUUCUUUUCCUCUGUAGCUAUGAGGGCUGUGGAAAGACAUUCAUUGAUGCAGGGGCUUUGAGAAAGCAUUCUCAUAUUCAUGGAGAGAGACAAUAUGUUUGCCACUAUGAGGGUUGUGGAAAGAAAUUUUUAGAUAGUUCGAAGCUGAAAAGACACUUUCUUAUUCAUACGGGUGAGAGAGAUUUUAUAUGCCCUCAUGAAGGCUGUGGUAAGGCAUUCUCACUGGAUUUCAACUUAAGGUCACACAUGAAAACACAUUCACAGGAGAACUACCACAUUUGUCCCUACUCCGAUUGCGGAAAGCGAUAUGCUCAUGAGUACAAGCUGAAGAAUCAUAUAUCAUCUCACCAUGAAAAGAACACGAUGGAUGUGCCAAAGUAUCCUCAACCUCCAGAGAAGCCAGCAAAAAUUCCAAAGGCAACCAGUACUAGUUACACUCCUGCCUCAUCUGAAAGGCCUCAUGCCUGUCCAUACGAUGGAUGCGAAAAGGCGUAUAUUCAUGGGUACAAGUUAAACCUUCACCUUAGAAGAGAGCAUCCCGGCCAUUUCCCAGAUGAGAAUGCAAAGAACACACAAAAUGAAAUGGAUGAAGGUAGCGGACAAGAUGCUUAUCUUGUAAAACAUGGAAGUAACAAAGUCGGAAAGCAAAACAAGCGAAAGCCCAACUUGAAGCUGCCUCCUCCAAAAGUUUCACGUAAAGGGUCAAGUGUGAAUACAAAUGUUGUGAGAAAUCCGUGGCCUGUUAAGGACGAUGUAUGUGAGGAAGAAGAUAGCGAAGAAACUGAAGAAGAUCGCGAUAAUAAUGUGGAGGAUAGAUGGAGGUAUAGAGAAAAUAAUGAUGAUGAAGAUGAUGAAGAGACUGAAUAUGAGGACUAGGCUUUUUACAUUUUAUUUAUACUGUUGCUUUUUUAUGCACUGUUUAUAAUUUUUUAGGGCCAUGAAAUGAUGAAAUACUCUAGCUUUGCACA